AUGGAGUCAGAGCCAUCUCAAUCACCAAGGCCGAAUGCUACAACAUCUACAUCUUCGAGGAAAAGAAAUAAGACAGAUGAAUCAAAUGAAAUAUUAGAGGUUUUGAAAAGUGCUAAAAAAAAGAUGGAUGAAAGGGAGAAGAAGGAUCCAUUUGAUAUAUAUGGUGAAUAUAUUGCUGCUGAAUUAAGAAGUGUUAAAGAUGACCAAGCCGUGACACAGGCAAAGUACCAUAUUAAUAAUAUACUGUAUGAAUUAAAAAUGGGACGAUAUAAUACAUAUGGAUAUCAAACGGCAUCUUCUCAUCCAUCAUCAACACCAAAUAAUGUUCAGGAAACUGAAAUAAGGGAAAUUGAGAGACACGAAACAAAUAGACUAGAUGCAUUACGAGACGAAACAGAAGAUUCGGCUAUACUAAACUUAGUUAACUAUCUCAGUGAUGAAUCAACGCAAUAG